AUGGCGGCCGAUGACGCCGACCAGUACGAGUACUCUCAACUCAAUGGUCCGGAUGCCAUCAGACUGAUCCACCUCCAGCCUUGCAAGGACCUGGAAGCAGGCAUCGAGUGUUCUCUCAAGGAUGCAACCUUGGCCGAAUAUCGAGACGACAUCUGCGAUCACUACAUUGCUAUAUCAUAUGUGUGGGGAGAUCAGAACGAUACACGAACAAUAUCAGUCGAUGGGAAGCGGCUCCAGAUUACGGCAUCGCUCGACUCGGCUCUUCGCCACGUCCGGGACCAUCGCAGAGUUCUUCGUGUGUGGGCGGAUGGCGUUUGUAUCAACCAAAAGGAUGUUCAUGAGCGCAAUCGACAGGUGCCAUUGAUGGGAGAUAUCUAUUCAAUUGCACAACACACGAUUAUUUUCCUGGGAUUAUCAUCACCGCAAUGCGAUUCUGUUUUGCAGUCGAUCGCCACUGGAUCUCAGCCACCUGUGCAAAGUGAAGAGAGUUUGGGCAUUUCGUCCCAAGAAAUACCAACGCGCCAGUUUGAGACUAUUGUGGAAGACGAGAUUCUUUCUAGGCCGUGGUUCACUAGAGUGUGGAUCCUCCAGGAACUUGUUCUUUCG